ACCGAUCGGACGGCUGUAAAUUGGCUGGAAGGGCCAUCCGCGGCGAAGUUGCUAGCUGGGGACCGAGACGGCCACGCGGUUGCAGGAGUAAGCGAUCCCUCUGAGCAGUGCGUGAGGCGUGGAGUCCGGCGACCCUGCCAUCCCUGUCGCCCUCCCAGCCUGCCCGGCCCUACCGGCUCCUCUCCUAGCCUCCUCGUGUCCCUUCGCUCUCGCCCCAUUGGCCUCCCUCCCCCUUCCCGCUUUGCACAGUCGGCAGUGCCAGGUCCCCGCGGCCCCCACCCUCACCCUCUCGGCGUCUGGCUUCCCUGACCCUUGCUUGCUUGGCCACUACCCGGGUUCCCCUUUCCUUCCCCUUGCUAGUUACCCCUCCCUGCUUCGUUAUUUCCCGAUGCAACUACCUCUUUGAGACCUUUUUUUUUUUUUUUCCUCUCCUUCCUUUUAGAUUGGCCAACGGCUCCUUUCAACCCUGCCUCGUUGGUGGCCACUGGAGAAGGCGCGGGGGGCUCCCCAGACAACCCUGGGGACAAGUUAGAUCCAGCAGUGUACCCCGGGCCUCGCGUGUAGCUUCCUGUCCCUUGCUCUAGGCGCCCCAGUGUCCGGAGGGGGGUUCGGGAGGUGCCCUCCUUACAUGUACCACCACCCAGGCGGCCCUGGGCACGUAUUCCAUCUCGCUCUUGCUUCCCGCACGGUGAUCAAGAGCCACUUUGCAUCAUGUCCCGGUAUAGCUACCAAAGUCUCCUGGACUGGCUCUAUGGGGGCGUGGACCCCAGUUUUGCAGGCAAUGGGGGCCCCGACUGUGCUGCCUUCCUGUCUUGGCAGCAGCGGCUGCUGGAAAGUGUGGUGGUCCUGACCCUGGCCCUGUUGGAGAUCCUGGUGGCCCUGCGGCACAUCCUGAGGCAGACGGAGGACGGUAGGGGUGGCCGUGGCAGCCAGCCACAGCAGGUGACCCAGCGGCCAGAGGAAGGCAAGGAGAGCCUGAGCAAGAAUCUGCUCUUAGUAGCCCUGUGCCUGACCUUCGGGGUAGAGGUGGGCUUUAAGUUCGCCACCAGGACCGUCAUCUACCUGCUCAACCCCUGUCACCUGGUCACCAUGAUGCAUAUCUUCCUUCUGGCCUGUCCCCCAUGUCCAGGAGCUAUCGUUGUUUUCAAGUUACAGAUGCACAUGUUGAAUGGAGCUCUUCUGGCACUGCUGUUUCCUGUGGUGAAUACCCGGCUGCUCCCCUUUGAACUGGAGGUUUACUACAUUCAGCAUGUCAUGCUCUAUGUGGUGCCCAUCUACCUGCUUUGGAAAGGAGGUGCUUAUACCCCAGAGCCCCUCAGCAGCUUCCGGUGGGCUCUUCUCUCAACUGGCCUCAUGUUCUUUUACCACUUCAGCUUCCUACAGAUCCUCGGCCUGGUCACCGAAGUGAAUUUGAACAACAUGCUGUGUCCGGCCGUCUCAGACCCAUUCUACGGCCCCUGGUAUCGCAUCUGGGCCUCGGGACACCAGACUCUCAUGACCAUGACCCACGGGAAGCUGGUCAUCCUGUUCUCAUACAUGGCUGGGCCCUUGUGUAAAUAUCUGCUGGAUUUGCUCCGGCUUCCAGCCAAGAAAAUAGACUGAAGGAAGCAAAUCCUGACGACUUGGAGAAUACCCAGUCCUUGAUGAAAUCAUGGGAGAGGGCAAUAGGAUAUUUGGUGUAUUUCUUUUUUUUUCUUCCUCACUGUCCCUUUCUUCCAUCACUCUUCCUUCCCCAGCUCCUACUCCCCAGGAUGUCUCCUUGCACCCAGGUGUGGUGCUGGGGGCUAGGUCUUCCCUCCUUCCCUCUCCUUGGCUCUGUCUUCCUGCUCCGCUCUGAGUGGCCUUAUACAAGGAGACAGUAGUCAUGGCUCCCUCACCGUGCUUGUUGGUGCUUUAACAACAGCUGGUUGAGGAAACAGGGAACAACAAGCAGUAGUUCUUCCAGCAUCCCAGUGACGAGAUUAGGUGAUGUUUCAUUUCUCCACUGCCAGGGACCUCCAGGCUCUUACUGGGAUCCCCUCUUGUCUCCAGCACAGUCCCCAUCCUAAGGGGACUGAGGCCUUGUUUAUAUACCAGCAGUAAGCCCAGAACAUAGGGAUUUCCCACCUCGUGGCCAAAAUAGAACCGACCAGAUUCUUCCCAGUACUGUCCCAUGAGUCAAAAGCAGGGAGCCCCUCAACCUCAUUCCAUCAAAAUGCUGCCUAGACUGAGAAGUGAGAAUGCCAUGCACCUUGACUUUGAGAUCCCAUUGAGGGGGUAGGAGAUCUGUUGCAGUGGCAAAUCUAAAGCAAAGAAGGAAACAAUAUGUUCCAUACCAGGUAGGACCCUAACAACUAACCAUGAAAGCUGAGAACUGACACAUAUCCCAAUGAAAAGUGAGUAUCCAAAGUAAAUUAAUCAAGGCAAGUGAUAACUUGAGAAAGUUAUCAAAUCAUGUUCCAUGUUCGUAGUGAUAAUAGGCAUGUGGUCCUCCACUCAGCUUUCUUCUGUCUGUGUCUCAGAAGCAGCUUCAAGGAAGUGUGUGCUAGAAUUGAAGCUUGGGGUUACUUUGUUUUUUGUGUUUAUAUGGUUUGUCUGAGUUGGAGGAAUUCUUUCAUCAGGGCCCUGUUCUGGAAAGCUCUAUAGGUUCAUUCCAGGGUCUUACAGGGUAUGAGUACACUCUGGUUUGGGAGGCUAUAGCUCUUGCUGGUUGUUUUCCUAGGGCCAAGUUUCUUCAAUGCAGCUAGCUUCAACAUGGGUGGGCAACCCAUACCUCCUACUUGAUCCUCACCCAAGGCCCACAUCUAAGGGAAAAGGGAGCUGUCAAGGAAUUGUAGUCCUCACAGGUGGAGGAGGGAGGUUCAAGUACUCCAGAAGGAGGGACUUUGCUCUCAGUUUUAUAUAUAUGGACCUCAAGAAAGGAGACAGUGGCUUGAAGGUUGCUGACUCUGUUGACUUCUACUAGGACUAGAUCUGUUUAAGACCAGAAAAGUUCAUUCAGUGACUACCCCCCCGUUGCUCUGGACCAGUUCCAAUGUUAGACCUAGAUUGAAUUUUUGUGAUCAAUAGCCACAAUUUUAGAAAUGGGACUCUAGGAGGCAGUAGCUACACCAGUCUCUGAGUAAGUGGAAACAUGUGGAGGAAACUCUGGGAGCCAAGAUCUGUUGACAUUGAAAGAAUUCACCCAAGGGCAUGUCCUUGGCCUUGCCUCGAGCUUCUUGGGCUGUGACACUUGGAUUUUCUGUCCUCUUUGAGGACCCUGCCAAGCUUUUCUUAAUGCCUCUCACCCAGGACUGCCUGCUAAAGGAGGUACCUCUUGACAAGUAGCUGCAUUUGACUGGCCUCCUAUCAAGCUGUAGCCUGUAGGACCAGUUGGGGAAGAAUUUUGUAUAAGGCCUCAGUAAAGCCUGGGCCUCUGUAAUAGAGGAUGGGAAGAUGACCCUUGGGGGUCCUAGACUGACCUCUACCAAAACAUGGAGCAGCUACAGGUAGAAUAUCUAUGAGCUGGGGACCAGCUCCAGAAUGCCCUAGCAGUGUAGGGGUAUAGGCCUUCUCUUCCUCCUCAUCACAGUGACACAACACAGAUGGUUUGUCAUCAGACUUUCUCUUACUAGCAUGCCUCCAAAAUAUUGCCUGUACUCUGGCUACAUCUCAGUACCUGAAUUCAGGCAUCUACUUUCUAGUGCAUAAGAGAGAGAAUUAAAAGGAAAGGCAUAUUUCCUGGGAUGUCCAGGCCAGAUUGAGAUACAUUCGUCAGGAGAAGAGGAAAGGGGAGAUGCAGGGGGAAAGGAUGGAUCCUAAACAAGGAAGCUGAGGGAACAGGUAAUAGACUACUUCCCCAGGCUCCAAAGGGAGUCUUGGCCUGGAUUUGGGGGUGUUGAGAAGCAGCUGGCAUCUAAAGUGCUCUGAGGCUCAUUUUUACCUUGGGCUAAGCUCAUGUGGAAAGAGACAACCUAGCCAGACGCAUAGUAGCUUGCCUUCAGGGUGGUCCCUACACUUGUCCAACAACCAAUCUACUGACUCUGAUCCAGGAGCAAGGGGGGAUCCACAGUUUGCUCACUGAGGGGACUAGUGGGCCCUGGCUUCUCAACUUCUUGGGACUUUCCUACCCGUACCAAGGCUGUUCUGAAACCACCCUGGCCCCCUUUCCAUCUGCCAUCUGCCAGUGUGUAAUGACUCUGUGUGUGAGAGAGUAUUCAUAGAGGUGGCCAGUUUCCUUUCAGACAACCACAGGAAUGGAAAGAUGUGUGCUCAUAAGUCCCAGGGCAGCCAUAGUCAAUGAUCUUGGCCAAUGAGAACAGUCUCUGGAGCUGGUUAAUGUAUGGCUUCACUGAAUGGCAAAGAGAUGGUUAUAUCUGCUUAAAGUCCUCCUAACCCCAAUAUUUGGUUUCUUAUGCCCAAGACCUUACCUACCUUCCUCUCAGAGGCAUGGUAAUAUGUUCCUUUGGCAGCCUAUGAGACACUCCACAAGUUCUGAAGCCACAACGUCCCUCUCUCUGUUUCCAUGGACUUCUAGCCUGUGCCCUGUAACACCUUAGCCUAGCUGUUAUACCAUUUGUUUUGAAGUAGCCUUCACCAGGGUUUGGAAAUAUGUGAUUAUUGAUGAGUCAGUGUCCUGGGGCAUGCUCACUCUCCCCCAUAGAUUUCAUAGUAGUGGCAGGGCUCUCUGCACUAGAACUGGCUUGGCCAGCUCCCUGGGCUUGGUUAGCUCCUGGAAGGUGGCAACAUUGCCUGUUCUACCACAAAGACUCCCCUGGGUUUGUAGACAUUGGCCUGGUGUCAUCUACAUGGUUCAGAAGAGGGAGUCCUUUAUAGUUUUACCUACAUGGAAGGUGUGGGAGGGUCCAAUAGGACGAGAUCAUGGUAUUGCCUUUGAUCUGUCAUGAGCCUGCAGGUGCCAUGGCAAGACUCCAGACUAGGGAGAGGCCUCCUCCCUCCUGCCCUGCCUUCAUUGAGGUGGGAGUUGGUAACAGGACUCAGCCUUCCUCUCGUACAUAAAGUUAGAGUAAGCUGAUUCGUGCUCAGGACAACCCAGUCACUUGCUGUUGCCCUUUUCUGGGACACUUUUCUACAGUGGUUUGCUACUCAUGGUACCAAACAACCCCACCCCACCUCCAUCGUCACGUGAAAAAACCAACAACACAAAAGUCAUUUCAAGCAGAGAUUUACUUUUGGAAACUCUUGCUUACUUUGCGUGUCAGUGUUGUGUUAGAAGUGAAAGGUUUCCUCAUUUCCAUUGAUAGAAUAGUAGCUCAAGGAAUAAGAACAACUGAUGUGUAAUUAUUCUUACUGGGACACUGGCAGCGCCUCUGUCCCUCUUGCCUGCCCCCAGCCCUUGUUUCCAAGCUGGGAUGGCUGUACCCUGAGCCAACGCCCCCCCUGCACCCCCUCAGCCAGUGGCUCCCAUCAGAACCAGUCUCUAAUGCCCCUAGGCGUAGGUAUUCUUUGUCACUCUGGUUCUGGGGGUGCUCUAUGCCCCUCUCCCACCCAAUUUGCUCUCUUCUUUGGGUAUUUUGUAAUGUGUUUUCUCUGUUUUGUAAAAAUCUUUGAUUGUAUGAAAGUGUUCUCUGCCGUCACCUUUGGAAAUAAAUGGUCCUUCAUCUGUGGACUUA